AUGGCGGCGGCAAACCGACCACCGACCGGCGCAGCGAUCCACCGCCGGCUGGACCUCAUCCUCUCCCGGGUCCUGCUCAAGCUCGACCUGGAGGACGACCAGCCAGACUCGGACGACCUCAUCAUCAUCCUCGAACACCCCCCCAACCCGCCCGCUCCUGCCCUCAAAACGCUCCGCACUCCGCACCUGAUCGGCCGGCAGCUCCGGCCCCCCACCGCCGAUCCCCCAAGUACGACACCGACGACGACCCCGCCUCCGCUGUUCGAGACGCUCCCCCCGCCCGCCCGGCCUCCCCCGGAAACCAACCCGCACACAAAACGGCUCGUGCAGCCGCCCGACGCGUCGUCGGCCAGCGUCGUCUCGGCGGCGUAUUCGCGGCGCAAGGGGAAGAAGAAGCGCAAGAACAAGUUGCGUGUUCCUCUCUGCGGAUCUGUGCGGCCUGGGGCGGAAAGCCUGACAUGA